CCAGCAGCCAUAUUUCCUAGAUUCACACUGUACUGUUGCAUCCACAUGCAUCUAUCCUUCAUCCACGCCAUCCAAGCAUCGUUGUUUUACCUUCUUUUGAUCAUACACAUUAAACAAGUUACCGGAACUUUAACAGUGUGGUGAUUGAAGGGCGAGUAAACUAACUGUCGAAUUAUUCUUCACAAUAAGGGGAGCAGGACAGUAAAACAACGGCUUUAUCGGAGACGGCCCUUGAAUGCGAUAGAGCAAUGCAAGCAUGAUCAGCGCUUAAUCCGUGUACAGCAGCACUACACAACCGCACAGUGCAGCCACAGCUUCUACUGCAGAGGGACUGAAGUUACUGUCUCACACGGACCCACACCUAGCAACACAAAGAUGUCUGAAGUUUCACAGAAGACCAGAUCCAGAGUGUCACGCUCAUCCAGACUCUCACAUCGAUCUCGUGCUUCUGAAGCAGGAGCGCUAGCCAGAGCCGAAGCAGAGGCCAUGAAAGCACAAAUAGUAUUUGCAGAAGAAGAAGCAAAGAUAAAGCAAGAAAAGGCACGUAUAGAAGCUUCACUAGAAGUACUCAGUUUGAAAAAGUCAGCAGCUGCAGCAACUGCAAAAGCACAAGUAUUAGAGGCUGCAUUAGAAACGGAUGAUGACACAAGCGACAAACCAGACAUCCAGCUUGACUUAAAGCACGAAACUGCUAUACAGCGUACUGAAGAAUAUGUGAGAGAACAUUCACAGAUACUCCAUCAACCCGAUCCAAUCUCAGAAGACGGAAACAAGUACCCACACAGCAGCACACGCUUUCCACUUCAGACAAGUUCACAGCAGCAGAACGCCUCUUGUCAAGACCCUCCCUUCACUGCAGACCUAUCAUUUUAUGCCCCUCCAAUGAGAAACUCCAGCGGUCAGAUCUUCAGGGAAGACCCUGCGAUGGACAGCAAGCGACUUGACACUCCACACCACUGCAUAGAUCCACCUGACUGCUACAGCUAUCCUAUGCCUCCAGUGGAAAAAGGAACUUAUACUUGCUCAUCUGAUGCUAGAAUGAUACCACCAGUUAAUCGUUACCCAGACUCCAGCUCACAACCAAGUCACGUCGGAUCUGGUAAGAUAUAUGGCAAGACGAGAAAUUAUUUCAAAGGGACUGGUGCAGUUUGA